CAAUUCAAUCUAAUCUCUAAUCCUAUAUGAUUUUGCAAAAUUGUCCGAAAUCUCUGAGCCAGACUUCGAGGCUGAGUCAUAGUCACUGUCCAGCGCAUAAACGCAUCACAUAGAUAAACCUCCUUUACUCUUUCAAGACAAUCAGUCACUGCCACCAAUAUCGCUGUCACCCCCACCCAGCACCACCACCACCACCACCACCACCGGGAGGUGGCGCGUGAGGCGGGUUCUAGGCGCCAUCCCAUCCCAUUUGCCAGAUACGGGGAAAGAAAGAGGUGAUGGGUCAAAAACUCAGUUGCCGACAAUCCCAUGAGACUGCUUUCUUUAGCGCCGUACAAAAUGGAGACUUGGAGACAGUGCAGCCAAUUGUGGAGGCUGACCCAACUGUCUUAGAGAAGACCGCCGGAAGUGCGAGGCUUUCUGCUCUGCAUGUCGCCGCCGUCUAUGGCCAGAUCGAGGUUCUUUCAUUUCUUCUAGAUCGAUGUACAAACUCAGAUUUAUUGAAUCGCCAUAGACAGACUCCAUUGAUGUUGGCAGCAAUGCAUGGGAAGAUCUGUUGUGUUCGGAAGCUUAUUGAGAGUGGAGCAUAUAUUUUGAUGUUUGACUCUCUUCAAGGAAGAACUUGCUUGCAUUAUGCUGCGUAUUAUGGUCAUUUUGAUUGCCUUCAAGCUCUUCUUUCCACUGCCCGGAGCAGCUCUCUUGCAAAUUCUUGGGGGUUUGCUAGAUUUGUGAACAUAAGAGAUGAAAGUGGUGCAACACCUCUGCAUUUGGCUGCUUGUGAAGGAUGGACGGAUUGUGUUCAUGCUCUCUUAGAUAACGGAGCUCUUGUCUGUGCUUCAACUGGGGGAAAUGGCUAUCCAGGUAGCACACCUCUUCAUUUUGCGGCUCGUGGUGGUUCGUUGGCUUGUGUCCGGGAAUUGCUUGCUUGGGGAGCAGAUAGGCUUCAACCAGAUUCAUACGGGAGAGUGCCAUACCUGAUUGCUUUGAAGCACAGGCAUGAGGCAUGUGCUGCUUUGCUGAACCCGGCCUCUCCUGAACCUCUUGUUUGGCCAAUGCCUUUAAGGUUCAUAAACGAUCUUAAUCCAGAAGCCAAAGAACUGCUUGAGAAGGCCUUGAUGGAAGCAAACAUAGCAAGGGAGAAAGCAAUACUCAAGGAGAAAGUUUACACCCUUCCACCCAUCUCAGAUUCUGAGGACAAAACUGGUGACAAUGCCUCAGAGGCCAGUGAGGUCGAGCUAUGUUGCAUAUGUUUUGACCAGCUAUGCACAAUUGAGAUCAAAGAAUGUGGUCAUCGAAUGUGUGCUCAUUGCACCCUUGCCCUUUGCUGCCACAAGAAGCCCAACCCUCUAACAGCCCGUCCUAUAGCACCAGUUUGCCCCUUUUGUCGUAGCAAUAUCACUCAACUAGUUGCUGCCAAAGUCACCAACAAUGAUUCAGAAGGAGGGACCAGUCCCUCAAAGCCAAGUUUCACAAAGAUUAGCAACAAUGAAACAGAAACUGAAAUCAGCCUGUCGAAACCAAAUAAGUCAAGGAAGUCCAACUUCAGUGAAGGCAGCAGCAGUUUCAAGGGUUUGUCAGCCAUCAGUUCAUUUGGAAAGAUGGCUAGCCGCAGCUCGGGAAAAGUCCCUGUUGAUUGCAACGAAGGAGGUAAUAAGCCCUAACAAGCAACGGCUGUUGAUCUCCUUUCCUGUUGUCGUAGCUGUGCGACUGGUAGAAGUAACAACAAUCCUAUUCAUUGCUAUUUGAAUGGAGGUAUACAGUUUCAGUAUAACUCCAUUCAGCAUUAUAUAUAGCAAUUAGGGUGAAAGAUGAACCAGAUACUAUUUUCCCCAGUGAACAUAAUACAAUCAAAUCAUCAGUGGAUGUUCAUUCUCACUGAUCUCAUCAAUUAUUUUAGUUUAGAGCCGAAUUU